AUGGAUUCACAAACACAUACAUCGCCUGGUGUGACUACGCGGGACACAGGUCUACGGCUGCCAUCCACCACAAAUCCUCCGGGACCCCAGAAUCCGCCAAAGCAACUCGUAUGGCUGGUCUUUGGCGCAACUGGCCAUAUUGGCCGUUCGCUUGUGAAGUCGGCUCUUGGCCACAAUGAUCUCGUUGCGGCUGUUGGCCGUACAUUCGAAACCACUCCCGAGAGCAUGGGACGGCUUCAGCAAGAAAACAAGAAUUGCCUUGGCUUGCUAUGUGAUGUCCGCACAAGGGAGACCGUGAAAGCAGCUAUUGAUCGUACAAUCGCUCAUUGGGGGCGAAUAGACAUCGUCGCCAAUUGCUCCGGUUACGGCGUAAUCGGGGCCUGCGAGGACCAAGAGGAGUACGACAUACGCAAUCAAUUUGAAACUAACUUCAUGGGUACGCUGAACAUCGUGCAGCUAGCUCUUCCGCAUUUCCGUGAACGUGGGGCGGGAAGAUAUAUCAUUUUCAGCUCUACUUCUGGUGCACUUGGAGUCCCGGGUUUAGGCCCGUACUGUGCUUCAAAAUAUGCGGUUGAAGGGCUGAUUGAAAGCAUGCUUUAUGAAGUUGACUGUUUCAACAUCAAAUGCACACUUGUUUUACCGGGCCAUAUACGUCGCGAUGACCAUGACACCAUUCCCGGAAUGCCUGGGAACGAAGACAAUCUCACUUCACCAUUGCCGGCUUUUGGACAUUUUCUCAUAAAACCAGCCAGCGAACCAUAUAGCGGAGUUACGGCUCCGGCGGCGCAUGCUAGACGCAUUUUGCAAUGGCUAGGUGAUAAACCGCCCACGAGCGCUGUGAAGUCUGCUGAGCUCGUGUGGCAGCUGGGCCACUGCUCUUACCCGCCAUUGAGACUACUGCUUGGUACAUAUGCAGUAGAAAGUAUCAGAGACCGGCUAAAAUGUGUUACCGAGGAAAUAGAGGACUGGAAACAUCUGAAUUUUCCGACCACUGAUCAGCAACCACAAGCAAAUUCCUCUGUUAAGACAGAAGGAGACUCGGGAGGAAAGGAAUCAGAGGAUCAACUAGCAUCUAAUGAUAUACAAGUAGCAGAUUAA